GUCCAAUGAUAGCACACAAAGUGAAAGUCAAGUGCAUGAACAAAUAUUAGCAAAAUAUCAUGCGACUAACGCAAUCACAGUAAAAAAAAUUAUGAUUUUCAUUUAAAUCGGCCUUAAAUCGUGCAAUACCAAAAAAUUUAUAGUGCUAUUUAGUUAGCAUUCUACUAUAGCCGCAGGGAGCAUUUACAUUGAGCACGUGAAUUGAAAUUAUCUAUCAAAAAAUGUUUGCAUUGAAGAAUCUCCGAAUAUUUUUCCCAGUGAACUCGAUUGCACCACGUUUGAUAUCCGCAUCGGCUUGUAAAUUGCAGAAUGUUCAAUCAAAAGUCGUUUCUUCAAAAGAGGUGGAGAUCGAUGUGCCGUGGGGUCAUGUCGCUGGCAAAUGGUAUGGAUCGGAGAAUAUACGGCCAAUAGUGAUGAUACAUGGUUGGCAGGAUAACGCUGGUGUAUUCGAUACACUCAUUCCACUUUUACCAUCGGAUCUCUCUUACUUGGCGAUUGAUUUACCGGGACAUGGACGAUCAUCACAUCUCCCAAAAGGAUGUUACUAUCAUGUCGUUGACUAUGUUCAGCUUGUGGAUAAGAUUCGAAAACACUACAAAUGGGACCAAAUAUCAUUAAUAGCUCAUUCAAUGGGGGCAAUUAUUUCAUUUAUUUACGCCUCCGUCUUUUCAGCAAACACAAAUCUAGUGUGUGCUUUGGAUAGUCUGAAAAUACAAACCUUCAAUGCGACGACAACACAACAAACAUUUUCAUGGCGCAAUUUAAAACAAAGCGCAAUUAAUGAGGAUUUUACACGAACACCACCGGUGUACACUUACGAUAAAUUGGUUCAGAAAAUUCAUGAGGGGUCAUACAAAUCGAUCGAUUUGGAUAAAGUGGAAUAUUUGAUUGAACGUGGCACAAAACUAUCAGAAAAUGAUCCCAACAAAUUCUAUUUUACCAGAGAUAUUCGUGUAAAAUUCAUGCAAAAGCUAUUUUGUUCGCAAAGCGUCGGUUUGGAAUUCGUAAAGCAAGUGCAAAGUCCGUUCUUGUUUGUCAGAGGUGAUGAUCGUCACUUUGCCGAACCCGAGGAAAAUACCAACGAAGGAGUUGAAGUUUUUAGAAAACACAAUCCACAAUUUGAAAUGGUUAAAGUCCAUGGGACACAUCAUUUACAUCUGAAUGAACCGGAAUUGAUUGCAGGGAAUUUAAGCGAAUUUCUUAAGAAAUAUCACAGUCAAUGAUUGUUUAUUUAUGUGAUGAUAAUCAACUCAGUAAAUAGCUUAGAAAGCAAUACCUACUAGAAAAUGUAUAUUUUUGUACACAUUUUUUCGUGUGAAUUUUUCUACUAAAUAGCCUGUCUAUCUUGGACAUUUUGACCGUCUAUUAAAAACGGUUUUCUUGAACAAAAAAGUCGACUGUAGUUGGCUUUAGUCAUUGUCGUCUGAUAGUUACUCUUCAGUCAAAAUGUUCAAAAUUAAGCGACUGAUUGUGUGGUGACUAAAGCCGAAUAUUUUUCAAACGAAAUUUUAAAUUUUGUAAUUAUCUGUGAAUUGAAUCACAUCCAAUCGAUUCAAGCAGUCGGUCAGUCAGACAAAGAAAUUUCACACAUCUCCUGAUAGGUGAGAUUUAGUUUGUAUAUAGGCAUAUAUUCAACUUUUUCUUCGUUAAAAUUUAUCACCAACCACAAUAUGUUAAUAAGUGCCAAAAAAAUAUAUACUUAAAAUUGGCAUAGAAGCUUCUAAAACACAAAUAAUGUAUUAUGAAACUAAUUGAGCUCAAAUAGUUGUUGAUUCCCUUUAAUUUAUCGAUUUAAUAGUUAUAAUAACAAGAUAUGCGUCUUUUAAAAUUGCUGUGAAGGUCACAGUUUGAACAUUGUGUCCAUUCUAUGAAUUUUUAUUUUAUUCAAUUAGAGACAAAUGCUUAAUAUUUUUCUAUUUUAUACAAAUGAAUUUAUUCAAAUGGCUAAUAAAGAAUUGAGGCUAAAUAUUGAUAAUUAUAAUUAUUUAUGGCAUAAUUUGAAAUGUAAAUCAUUUCGCAUGUAAAAAAUUGAGAUUCUCUAAAAAUUUCGAGCUAAAAAUAGAGAAUAAUUUAAAAUAUUGUAUUCGACAAAAUUACAGUCAAAUUUGUUAUUGAAUAAAUUUAAUACGAUUUUUUGGGAUCAAA